AUGAGUUACGAGGAUGAGGUGCGGCCGCCUGUUUGCCCGGCGCCAAGGGGGAGCUGGGACGCGGAUUCACCUGAGGAGAGCUUCAAGGUACUGCUCGGGACUCCGUGCUUCGCCCAGAGGGCUGUGUCUGCAGAUCGUUCGAAUGAAACCCAUGAUGUACACAACCGAAGUGCAGUGCGGUACAGCGUUUCUGGAGGAAAUGAGGAUGGUCUUUUCUCCAUCGACCCCGAGAAAGGACACCUGAUCUUAGCGGCCACUUUGGAUUAUGAGAUUCGCCAGAAGCACACCCUCGAGGUCUCGGCGGCGGCGGGGGCGGAGUCAGCGCGAGUGGGCGUGUCCUUGACGGUGGAGGACGCUAAUGACAACCCGCCCACCUUCCCGUCGCCGCCGCCCAGGGUCACGGUCAUCGAGGAGGACGACCGAACUGACUUGAUUCUAGGCGUUUCACUUAUGGUGGUGGUGAUAAAUAACGAGAGUUUUGGCGAAGUUAAGGUGGAGGCCGACGACAGGGACGCGAGCGACCGCGAGGGCGGCCUCUCCUACUCCCUCGCGGGCGACGGGGUGGACGGCCUCCCCCCCGAGGACGCCUUCUUCGCCGUCAAGCCCAGCUCCGGGGAACUCAUACAGCUGAGGGCCCUAGACCGCGACCCCCCCAGUGGGAGAAGGAUCUGGAAGAUUAAAGUGCGCGUGAGGGACGGCCAGCCUCCCUGGGGGCGCCCACACGCCUCCCCGCUGGGCUCGGUCCGUCGCAGGUAUCCUCGGCAGCGCUCGCAGGAAGAUCCUCAAGAUACAGAGGCUACAGGAAGGGAAGAUACGCAGCAGGAUACAGGAAGGAAAAAUUCCCAGGUCUUGUUACGGAAGUCGUCACACACCAAGAGGAAUGGUGUCGUCUUUCAGGGGAAGCGACGCGAGGUCCGCCGGAAGAACGAACGCCUCGACGCAGGAGUGCACAUCGAGGGAAGGCAGAACGACGCGGCAGAAGGACCGGCUGUGGAAGGGAAAACCGCUAUUUCGAGGAAGGGCUUUGUCGAGCGGGGAACUUCCGGCCUGGGAGAUGCCGACGACGAUGGUCCCAGUGACAGUGUCAUGUCAAGGACUAUCACAAAAGAGGACAACUAUUCACAACACUCGACUAACAACAGGGACGAGGCGACAGUUAGAGAGGUCAGCGUCCCCAGCGGCCCUGCAGGAUCCGCCAAAACCGCCGCCAAUGCAGCAAGAGGAACCACCGCCACGGAAGACCCACCGAAGACCCUUCCCGACGGCGCUGUCUCGGAAGACCCCCCUGGCGCGAGAAAGACCAGAAACGCCUUUGAAAUCCUCGAAAAACACACCGACACUGAAGCAGAGCCGUGUACAUCCCUGGACACGCUGAAUGGCCGCGGGCGGGGGGGACACGGGCGUGAGGGCGGACGACGUGGGCGUGUGCACGAAGCAGAGACGACCGUGACGGUGAUAGUGAAGGACAUCAACGACAACUUCCCCGUCUUUCCGAACGCCACGAUGUACGCGGAGGUGCAGGAGAACGGCCCCGUCG